AAUGUCCACUUCCUGGAUUCAAUCUCUACCUGAAAAUUUUCCUUGUCUAGUGCUACUUCCUGUCAGUUUUUGUAGCCAAAAUCUUUUUUUUUUUUUUUUUGCAUUAUACAGAUGAUUUGCCUUGCUUUCUCAAGACCAUAAAAAUAGAUGGCAGAUGUUUCAAUCCAAAUUUCAGGCCGGAGAUACUUAUUUAGCUGUCUAAUGCAAGUGCUCAGGUCCUAUCCUCUGUUUGAACAGUUAUGUCAGAGGACUUGAUGUUGCUUUUCCAAUCGAUGCUCAUGCUUGGAAUUUGUAUUGGACUUGCUUUCAAUGUGGUUUUGCUUUCAACUGAUAAAAGAUCAAGACUAAUGGAUAGGUUAGGUUGUUCACACCCUCGACCUUUAUGGGCAUGGUGCAUUAACGUGGGAAAGCGAUUCAACAUGGUUUUGGGAAUCACCCAGGGGCUUCUUUAUCUUCGCCAAGAUUCUAUAUUUCUUUUCACAUAAAUUUCCAAUGAAUGUUUCAGUUAGAUCAUAGUUAAAUUUUUACCAGUGCAGCUACUAAUAUUUAUGGAUUCUACAGUUUGUAUAUGAAUAUUCAUAUUGGCCUUUGUGGAAAAAUUUGUAUGUAGGUCUUUAUGCUUAUAAUCAUUCCAUUGAAUGGCCCAUUCAUAAAUCUGUGCCUAUAUCUUCUAUUUUAACUGCAUGAUGUAGCAUGUAUAACUAUUGACAUGACCAUGAUAAGGCUGAUAAUUGAUUUUUGGUAAUUGUAAUGAUGGUAAUCAAUAGAUAAAUGGUACAUAUUACUGGGCUAUGGGCCCCACUUGUCAUUGUUGAAUACCUGUGCAUACUGUUAAGAGACCCGCAUUACGCAUAUAGGGAGUUAUUUGAUACUCUGGCAGCGUAUGACUCUUUUACUAAAAGUAUGUCUCUAAUCAUUCCAUCAAAAUUAUGUUCCACUCAUGCAUUUACUAAAAGUAAGUGAGGCUAAUAUUUUCAAAUGAAUUCUUUUUAUCUUGUGACAAUAGACGUGUGUCCACAAGCACCAAGCAUCUUUUAAAAGGAAAGCUUCGGAUAAUUAAGGCAGCAAAAAAUGGUUCAUGCUUUCUUGAAGUAUGGAUGUUUGGGCAGUCCCAAACAUAGGUGUUUCUACUUAUGCAGUUUGUGAAUUCAUUUCAUUGAUAAUGAUCUGUGGUUCUUUGACACUGCUCCUAAGAAAAAACAGUUGGAAAGGAUGGGCUUCUCUCCACUCGACGACAACAUGAAUGGUUUUAGUGGGACCCAUUUUCAGAAACUGUCUGCAGUUCAAGUCCUCUUGGAUUUGUGUAGCAGAAAUGAGCUCUAAGGGAGGGAGUCUCAUAUGUGGAUCUCAAUAACCUAGGACAGCUGCUUAACUGUACAAAUUAUUUCUGACCAUAUAAUCAAACUAUAUUCUAGCAAUACAAUACUAGUAUAGCAGUACGAAUGCGUCUAAGAGUUAUACAACAACAUCUAUUCGUAUGCACACCUAAGAAUAUGGAAAAUCAUAAUCAAAAUAAAUUCUGCUACUAUACUACAACCAUAUCAAUGCAUAUACAUCCUAUGUGUCUGAGAAGCAUUUUUUUCUCCUUCUUGUUGCUUAUUCAGCCAAUUAAAGGUGAAAAUGUAAGGUUUCUCCUGUUUGGUGGAUAAAUGGUUUUGUCCAUUUGUAGGCUCGCACUAGGGGUCGACAUUCAGCCAUAUCUCACUUCAGUUCAGGCUUUCACUAUUUCCCAAUCUUCCACUGGCUACUUCAUAUUUUUCUUUUUCUUUUCCCAAAGUAGUUAAACAGAUAGCCCUUCAUGAGUUCAUAAGCGAAAAUAAGGGUUGAGAAUUUGGUACUCUCUUGACUUUUCUUUUCUUUUUUGUUGUCUCAUGAAACUGUAAGGAGCAUAAUGUCAUGGUUAUUUGCUUUUUUGAUGACUUGAUUCAUUAGUUCUUUAAGGAAUAGUCAGAAGUGUUGUAUUUGCAAUACCUUCAGCUAACUUCUUAUGGAAGCACAAUUUUUGUUCUGGCUUGUCAUAUUUCUAAAUUUCUCUGAUCACCAUUCUUGAUAAACACUACUAACAUCACCACUUAGGAGUUUUGAAUAUCCAAAGUCACCGAGGUAUUUUCACAAAUCUGUGCAUCAUUAAUUAUCUCAUGUCUAAUGUAUGAAUAUUGUGGGCUUGGCAAAGGUCAAAAACAGAAUCCUCAUAAUGCAGUUCCAGGUUAUUUUUCCCUUUUUCUUUAAUGAUGAAUACCACGAAAGUGGUGAUGUUUCUUAUUUUACGACUUGUUAUUUUUUCUCACAGCAUCUACCAAGGUCACUGGCAUGCACCAGAACUAAAUAUGCUGACUGAGAGGAUCACUAUUCUGUCUACCUACUAUUACGAACCUAGAGGAGGAAAGCAUUUGGCCAAUGCUAGCGAUAGAAAGUUUGAAGGCUCUAGGUGGACCUGGCCUGCUUUCCCUUGGAGGAAAAUACCUACUCAGGUGUAUCUUUGAAGUUGGUAUCAUAUUCCUAAUAAUAACUCAAUCUCGCUGUCUGGUUGGUAUUUUUGAGUUUGGAACUGUGUUCUUGCUUCACUUGUGUAGGAAGAAGACGCUCUCAUUUCAGCUCAUAGAAAAGAAAUUGAAGAGACGAUGGAGAUUGUGCGUGAAGUCUCUUCAGGGAAAUAGGCUUACUGGGAAGAUUCCAGAAGUGAUAGGACUCAUGCAAGCUCUUGCUGUUUUUUCAGGUUUGAUAUUAGAGUUCGGCCAGAAGCUGGAGAGUCUAACAUAUCUAAACUUCUCUUCGAACAAUUUCAAAGGGAGGAUCCCUGUUGAGUUAGGGCGCAUAAUCAAUCUUGAUACUCUGAAGAGCAGUUUGAGAAAAGUGGAGGGAGCCUGGAUGAGAUCUUGGUCAAACAUCAGUCAGUGCUUGAAAAGGAGAAGUUGGCCAUGGCCCAACAAUCUGUUAAUGCUGAGCAUUCAGAAACGCGUCGAGAAGCAAGAGAGGGAGUUGCAAGAAGCAUGGGGAGGACUGAGCUUGGGAAAUUCUAUAAGACCCCAUCUUUCAAAACUGGAGCGAGAAAAGGCUGCUUGGAAAAGAGCUGAGGAAGAGGAGCAAACGCGAGCAAGGGGCUGAAUUGCUAGAUUUCAAGACCAAGCAAUUGCUGCCAACCUUGAUUGAAGAAGAGCAAGGGAGCACCAACCAUGUGAAUUUCUUUUAUCAGAUUGCUGCUACCUUCUCACUGAAGGUGUAAUAUUCAAUUUUUUCAUUCAGCAUUCCUUAAAAAAAAUCAACAAUGUUUUUCCACUGCCA